AUGAAACUCCUGUUGGCGUGCGUUCUCCUGUCAGUGGCGGUGGCGCAGGGAGACUCCCAGCGCUACGUGCGUCGCUUCCCCUCGGGCAGGGCGAGGCGGCCUAUGGACACCGUGGUGCUCAGACCGUCAGGCAAUCACCAAGAUGACACAAAGGAGGCGUCCGGAGGGGAACGCAUCAUCGGUGGCGUCGAGGCGAGCCUGGGCCAAUUCCCGUGGCAGGCGGCGGUGCGGCUGGACGGCUCCGCCUUCUGCGGCGGCUCGCUCAUCACGGAGAACUGCGUCCUCACCGCGGCCCACUGCGCCUACGGGACAACGUCCUUCACGAUAAGUCUGGGCACAUUGUCGUCCGCUGAAAACCCAGAGGGGGCGCUGACGCAGACGUCGACGGACGCAGUCGUCCACCAGGACUACUGGACGGACGGCAGCACCACGGACAACGACGUCGCUGUCGUUCACCUCUCGGAAAUGGUUACGCUUACUGACACAAUCAAGACUGUGAGGCUGGCGUCGCAGGUGGACAAGACUUACAAUUACUGGACAGCAACCCUUAGUGGCUGGGGCAAGGUGUCUGACGAGUCACAAACCGUGAGCCCUACGCUGAUGUACGUAGACCUGGUCGUCAUCCGCAAUGAAGACUGUGAGGAGGCCUUUCCUGGAGCCAUCAGCAUCGACCACAUUUGCACAAGGGGUGCCACCAAUGAAAGUCCUUGUAAUGGCGACAGCGGCGGCCCUCUGGUAGUACUAGAGGAAGACGGCGAAAUCACGCAAGUGGGCGUGGUCUCUUUUGGGUCUGACUACGGCUGUUCACUUGGGUACCCAGGAGCCUACGCGCGCGUCACCACCUACAUCGACUGGAUCAACGAGAACUCAGUCCACGCUGGGCGCUGA